CAACUGGCCCCUCUCCAGGGUGAGCUGCAGAGGAGAGAGAGAGAAAGAGAAGCGUAAACCUCUAAAAAAUUGGGCUGAGGGCACUUUAAAUCUUUCCUGUCCCUGCUUGCUCAUUCCUGUCUAGUACAAUAUAAUCAGAUCCUCUCAGAGUCAAGCCCCUUUCCUUACUGAAGGCAGCCUGGAAUUGCUCUGCUUGUGUGUGUGAAACAGAGAGACAGACGGAUUGUGAUUUUCCUGUGCAGUGCUGCUGUCUCCAUUCUGAGCCCAGGAGGGGAUAGAGAGCUCUGGGCACUAGAGUGGAGUUUGCCAUUUGCUGUGGGUUUUCUUGCCUUUUUGGCAUUUCAACGCGGGCUUGGAGCCUUUGGGAGAAGAUGCUUUGGAGGGACUGGAUCCUUCUCGUCCCAGGCUGAGCUUCCCAAGCCCCAUUACUUUUCUCUAUUGGGUUUUGGUUUUGGCUGGGGGGUUCUGCUGCCUUUGCAGCCCAGCUCUUGCCUUUCACGCUAUUGAACUGGAAUGAACUGGGACUCCUCUGAUUUUUUUAUAUUUUUUUCUUCCUGGAAAGUUUUUUUUUCGUCUCCUCCCUUCCCUACCCCCCAGUUGAUUGUGAAAUUCCGUUUGGAUGGGCUCAAACCUUCUCUGACUGAGGUGCUCACCCAGGCUCUCAGCUGCUUGUUAUUAUUCAUAAUUCUUUUUGCUCCUUUCCUACCUGUUGGCUGGUGGUGGAGGAAGUUUCUGCACUUCUGGGUUUGCAAGGAUUUUGCCCUUCUCAGUCCCUCUGGAUUCCCUGCACUCCAGGAUGCUGUUGCUGCUGGGGAUGAGGAUGUUAUAAACUUCUAGAGGGGACAGAUAUUUUUUCUCCCCCUCGAUUUCCCUAUUUGGAGAGGAUACAGAUCUGAGGUGUUGAGCUCAGCUUGCUCCUUGGUUUUCCCCCCUCCCCUUCUCUGUGGCGAUUGAGGGAAGAUCCCAGUUCUUUUUAGUAGCUGUUUUGCUGGGGCAAUCUGAAAUUUCUGUCCUCGGAGAGUGAUCUGUAUCGAUCUGCUGGCUUCCCUCAGAGCUCCUAGCCAAGGACCUUAUGGGAUUUUCCUUUAAUCUACUUCAUGUUCUAGGGUUUCGGUGGAGCUGGCCAUGAUGUUCCGGUUCCUGGUGGCUGCCCUCUUCCCGGCUGUGAUCCUGGCUGCGCCACCGCCCAUUAACAAACUGGCCCUUUUCCCGGACAAGAGCGCGUGGUGCGAGGCGAAGAACAUCACCCAGAUUGUGGGGCACAGCGGCUGCGAGUCUAAGUCCAUCCAGAACAGGGCCUGCUUGGGACAGUGCUUCAGCUACAGUGUCCCCAACACCUUCCCUCAGUCUACAGAGUCCCUGGUGCACUGUGACUCCUGCAUGCCCGCCCAGUCCAUGUGGGAAAUCGUGACACUGGAUUGCCCGGGCAACGCCGAGAUCCCCCGAGUCGACAAGCUGGUGGAGAAGAUCCUCCGCUGCAGCUGCCAGGCCUGCGGGAAGGAGCCGAGCCACGAGGGAGCGCUGUUCAACGUCUACCUGAACGCAGAGGAGAACCUGCCCGCCGAGGGCCCCAACCCCCAUCACUACAUGCACCACCAGCAGGAGGCAGAAGAAACUCCCAUCUCCAACCGCCACCGCGAGGAGGAGGGGGGCGAGGAGUGACCCACACCCUCCAGGACUGUCCUUCCAGCCUGCAGUGCGGACAGGGGGUGGUGCACGGGGGAGGGGGUGGGGCUGCGGGGUGAUUACCUGUCUACUAACUACCCAUCAUGCUUUGCUCUUAGCGGCGCUGUGGGGUGGGCAAGAACGUCCGAGGCGCAGACGGGGCUUGGGCUGAGACGUGGGGAUGGGAGCGCGGGGGGAUCUGAGCAAACCUACUUGCACAUCAUAGUGAUAAUAUAUUGUCGGGGGUGGGAGGUCAGGGGCAGCAGCCGGAAGGGGCAGGACGGGACCCCUCGGGGACUGAGGGUGGCACAGGCUGGCUCUGCAGGGUUUGGAACCGGGCUUCGGAGCCUCUUAUGCCUUCUCUUCCUUCUCUGUAGUUUUAAUGGACUCUCGCUGGGAGACCAGCCUCUCUGCUCCACCCCCUGCUGCUCUCCUGGGAUGUCUGUGAGGGUGAGCGAUCUCCCGCAUCCUCCUGGGAGUGGGGCAGCCCCCCAGCCUCCUGGGAGUGUAGGGCUGCCCUCUCUGCUGCCCCUAGGGAUGGGUGCUGUAGAGAGACUGCAAAACGAGGGGAUAGGAAGAUCUUUUCUUCUCCUUACCCAGAGGAACUCAUGAUUGAAACUGCACCCAGCUCUGGGUUCAGGCAGGUCUUGGUUCUUGAUUUGCCCCAAAUGUGACUCCAGGAGGGAAAUGGGGGAGCCUAAAAAGGGUUUUAUCCCCAGUGCUGGUUAUCCGCGGGACGGAGAUGGUGUGUGCUGGGCAUGCCGAGCGCUGAGGGUGAAAGGAGAUGCACGUGCAUGCUGGGGCCUGGGACAGGAAUGACACGGUGGCCUAUGGGGGCCAGGAGGGCUGGUGGAAAGGAGUGGAGGGUCUAGGGACUCUGCAUUUCUCCAGCACUCCCAUGCUCUGUAUUCUUUGGCUCCUAUUGGUCUUGGCCCAGAAAACAGGGUGUUUCCAGUUGCUCAUGUCCCUGGGUUUAUUGAUGGACCCUGGCACUCCCUCCUGUCCCUCGUCCUCUGGAGUGGGUCAAGGAGAAGCAAAGCAAGGGGCAGGAGGGACUCUCCUUGCUCGCUGCCUAGUCUGAGUCCACUGCAAACCUGGCGUGCACCCAGCCGAGAAGGAAGAGCUCCCUUGGGGGAAGGCAGGGGAGGGUCAGGGGACUUGGGGGAGGCCACUGUCACUCAGAGGAGUGGAGAAUCCAGGCAGCACUGGCAUCUCCACAACUUGGGAAGGGUCAGUGACUGGGAGAUAUUCAGCCACUCAGAGUGGGAGCUGGAUGCUCACUAGCCUGAGUUGCUGUUUGUUCACUUCCCAGGGGCCAGCCAGAACUGGGGCUCAAGACCUAAUGCUUUACAAGUGGACCCAGAAAUCUUCCUUCCUCUCCCUACCCCGCCGCCCAGCCAAACCUCCUGCCAUAUUUGCGUCUGUUCCCAAUGGUUUUAUAAGGCACUGCUGGGCGUAGAGGGGCCUCUCUCUGCUCUGUCUGGCACCUGAAAGGGAGGCUCUUCUGGGAGGGAGUCAGGGUGCACAGUGAGCCCUGGGGAUCCUCCCUCAGUACAGAGCUCGGUUGAGCCAGCGACAGAUUGGGUGGCGUCCCUCUACCAGGGAGUCUGGGGCACGUGUCAUAGACUCUUCUCCAAUCUGCCCCUCCUGCCUCGGCUUCUCUGCAGCACUUUAACAGAUAGUGGCGGGAGGGGGUGAGUUGAUCUCCUUGGUGGGAAUGGAACUUAGCGGGAAAUUGCUCCUUAUCUCCCCUUCAGGCUGCCGGGUAUUGGGGAGACGUUUGGUUGGGGACCUGAGGGCCAGCCCUGCCUGUCUCGCUAACCGCCUUCGCUCUGUUGUAUAAAGCUGAUCUCUUUGUUGCUUUUCUGACAAAAGCUUCCAGAGCUUGUCAUCAAUAUAUUUUUCCUUUUGACGGGAUUUUUUUUUCUUAAAUAAAUAAGUUUUAACUUCCA